ACAUAGCUCCCCAGCUGCUCCAUGUAGGACAGCCAGGGUGGGAAAAUGGACUGGUGUAAGGACUGGUUAAAGAUCUCAAAGAACCUCAUCAGCUGGUCCGCACAGUCUUUAGGCACUUGUCCAGUAAUGCCAUCAGAUCUGGCAGCCUUUCUCGGGUUCACUGAGUAGGAGGGUUCAGCAUCAGCUUCACCUUAUGCUCUUUCACACUGAGGGAGGGGCCGCUGUGGGCUUUGAAAUCUUUAUUCUGCUGAACAAUAUUUUGAGCUGUGUUCUUAAGUACUACUACUCUUACAGCGGUAAAGAAACGUCUGUUAUCCAAAACACUCCAUGUCCCAUAGUGCCCCGCGGCUGCCUCGGUGGUCCAGCAUGGACCUGGGUGAGCCCGGGUGAGGUGGGAGUGAUCAAUCGGCAUCAAGCAGGGAUCAGAUCUGUGCUUUGUUCGGGUUCUAUGGUCCGGUGCACUAGGAUUCUCUCAGCUAGGUUUUUGUAGAUCUUGACAUUGCAGCCUUAAACGGAACCGCAGCCGAACGUGCCUUUUUGCUUAUUUGUGCUGGUUUUCGGAAGGUAGACGUGAUGGACGCGGCGGAGUGCGGGGUGAAGGUGAUGUGCCGCUUCAGGCCGCUGAACGACGCAGAGCGGAAUCGUAGAGACAAAGACGUCUCAAAGUUCAACGGACACGACACGGUGGUGCUGUCGGGGAAGCCAUACAUAUUUGACCAAGUGUUUCCACCUAAAACAGAACAAGUUCAAGUGUACAACACCUGUGCCAAACAGAUUGUCACAGAUGUGUUGGGAGGUUACAAUGGUACGAUCUUUGCAUAUGGUCAGACGUCAUCAGGAAAGACUCAUACUAUGGAGGGAAACCUGCAUGACCCUCACCUAAAGGGGAUCAUCCCUCGAAUUGCCCAAGACAUUUUUGACCACAUUUACUCAAUGGACGAAAACUUGGAGUUUCACAUCAAGGUCUCUUAUUUUGAAAUCUAUCUGGAUAAAAUCAGAGACUUACUUGAUGUGUCAAAGACAAACUUAGCUGUCCACGAGGACAGGAACAGGGUUCCCUUUGUCAAGGGCUGUACAGAGCGUUUCGUCUCAAGUCCUGAGGAGGUGAUGGACGUCAUUGAUGAGGGAAAAGCUAACAGACACGUUGCUGUCACCAACAUGAAUGAGCACAGCUCUCGCUCCCACAGCAUCUUUUUGAUCAGCAUCAAGCAGGAGAAUGUGGAGACUGAACUGAAGUUGUCAGGGAAACUCUACCUGGUCGAUCUGGCUGGCAGUGAGAAGGUGAGUAAGACUGGAGCAGAAGGUGCUGUGUUGGAUGAGGCCAAGAACAUAAACAAGUCUUUGUCUGCUCUGGGGAAUGUGAUUGCUGCUCUGAGUGAGGGGACGAAAACCCAUGUUCCAUAUAGAGACAGUAAGAUGACCCGGAUCCUGCAGGACUCUCUGGGAGGAAACUGUCGAACCACCAUUAUCAUUUGCUGCUCGCCAUCCAUUUACAACGAGGCAGAAACCAAAUCCACUCUCAUGUUUGGACAAAGAGCUAAAACCAUAAAGAAUACAGUAUCUGUGAACCUUGAGCUGACUGCUGAGGAGUGGAAGAAGAAGUAUGAAAAGGAGAAAGAAAAGAACCUCAGUCUAAACGUAAUAAUCCAGAGGUUGGAGAAUGAGCUGAAGCGCUGGAGAAAAGGUGAGUCUGUACCUGCGGAGGAGCAGCUCAACAGCAGGAACAAAAAGAACAGCCGUGAGUUAACAGUAGUGAUGGAUAGCCUGGCUCUGCCCCACGUCCCUCUGUCUGAUGAAGAGAAGACCCAUUAUGAGACGUUGAUUACCAACUUGUACCAGCAGUUGGAUGACAAGGACGAUGAAAUCAACCAACACAGUCAGACUGUUGAGAAGCUGAAACAGCAGCAGAUUGAUCAGGACGAGCUGUUGGUGUCUAACCAUCAUGACUAUGAGCGUCUUCAAGAGGAACUAUCCAGGCUGCAGCGGGACAAUGACUCAGCAAAAGAGGAGGUGAAGGAAGUGCUGCAGGCACUGGAGGAGCUAGCAGUCAACUAUGACCACAAAAGCCAAGAGGUGGAAUCCAAGGGCCGCUGCAACGAGGAGCUGCAUGAGGAGCUGGCAAAGAAAACUGUGAGACUGGAGGCAGUUCAGAGGGAGUUAACAUCACUGCAGGAGGUCAGCUCUCAUCAUAGGAAGAGGUCUAAAGAGAUCAUAGGUCUGCUGCUCAAAGACCUCAGUGAGAUCGGCAGCGUCCUUGGAACCACGGACCUCAAAGCUACGACAGAAACAAGUAACGUGAUGGAGGAGGAGUUCACCACAGCUCGUCUCUACAUCAGCAAGAUGAAAUCUGAGGUUAAAUCGCGGGUGAGCCGGAGCAAACAGCUGGAGAUCAACCUGACACAGAACAAUUGCAGGAUAGAGGCCAGUGAAAAAGAGCUCAACAGCUGCCAGCUGCUUGUGUCACAGCUCCAAGCAAAGUUGGCAUCAUUAAGUGGCGACCUGCAGAAAGUGGAGCAGAAGAAGCGUCAGUUGGAGGAAAGCCAAGAUGCUCUAAUGGAGGAAAUUGCUAAACUGCGUGCCCAAGGAAAGAUGCAGGAGGUGUCUGUGAUGGACAAGGAGAAAGAACACAUGAGCAGACUAAAGGAUGCUGUUGAGAUGAAGAGAACAUUGGAGGAACAAAUGGAGAAUCACAGAGAAGUUCAUCAAAAACAGCUAAGUCAACUUAGGGACGAGAUCGAACAGCAACACAAAGAUGUGCAGCAGCUCAGAGAUGUCAACCGAGCUCUGCAGCUGGAAAACAGGAAGCUUCAGGUGGACUUUGCAAAGCUAAAAACCGAGGAACAUAGCAAAGGCCAAAAUCUACAAAAACUUCUGUUCUUGAAUGAAAAGAGAGAACAGGCCAAAGAGGAUCUGAAGGGUCUGGAGGAGACUGUGGCAAAAGAGCUACAGACACUGAACCAUCUUCGAAAUGUCUUCAUCCAGGACCUUGGUGCUCGUGUCAAAAAUAGCUCAGAAAAUGAGAAUGACGAGGCCGGUGGCAGCCUUGCUCAGAAACAGCGAAUCAUUUUCUUAGAAAAUAACCUGGAGCAGCUCAGCAAAGUCCACAAGCAGCUUGUCCGGGACAAUGCUGACCUUCGCUGUGAGCUGCCCAAGCUGGAAAAGCGUCUGCGGGCCACAGCAGAACGAGUGAAAGCUCUGGAAAGUGUCUUGAGAGAUGCCAAGGAAUCUGCUGUGAGAGAUCGUAAGCGCUACCAACAAGAAGUGGACCGCAUCAAAGAAGUUGUCCGCACCAAAAAUGUAUUCAGGAGGGGGAACUCUGCCCAGAUUGCCAAACCUAUUAGAGCUGGACAUCAGCACCAUCAACAUCCAUCUUCUUAUUCACCCAUCAGACCUACCAUCAGAGGAGGGACUAUUGCUUCUAGUCCACAUCACCAUUCACCCCGACAACAACCCCAGUAGAGCCAGGGCAAGUAAGUUGAGUUGCUACAAUAGAACUCUCAGCAGUCUUUGCUGAAAAUCUGAACAUUUUUCUUUGUUUUAUUAAUAGCUGAUCUCAGCGUGGUAUUUUUCCAUAAAGUACAGCUAUGCUCAUGAGGAUGGUGCCAAGGUUUUGCCUGUUUUAAGCAGUUUCAUUUGUUGACACAUUAGUGUUAACCACAUCAACCAAGACACAUAUUUAGGAGACUUGGAUUAAAAUGUGCUUUCCAUGCUUUUACGAGUCAAAUCGUUUUACCCUUAAUAAAAAUGACCAAAAUGUUAAUGUUGCAACCCAAGAUAUAGAUUGGAGACGCCUGAUCUCUGCUGCAGCUUUAGGCUUCCCUGUUUAUCUUGUUAAUUUCUGUCUUUUUAGGUAUGACAACAUUUUAUUUAUAUGUCACGGAACACUUAUGGCAGGAUCCAAAUGCACAGCAAAGAGACGAUGUAAAACUCAGGAGGUAAUCGUAGUCUUGGUCACACACAGGCAGAGGGCGGUACACAGGUAGACACUGGUUAGGCACAGACAAGGAUCAGGCAGGCAGAGCUUAAAGACAAACAAGAUUCCACAGUACAAGGUAGCAGAGUCAAUGUACGAGUAACCACCGGCUGAGACAAGGCAAGGUCAAGACAAAAACAGGGAUCAUACACGUAAGACUUACAAAUCAAACGCUGGUAUGUAGGCAUUGGAACACUAACAAUCUGGAAAAUGAUCAUAAUGAAUACUGGUGCUUAAAUACAUUGGAUAAAUAAGUGAUCUCUGACAUUGUAUUGGAAUUGAUUACUAACAACAAGUCUGACACAGAACUUGAGGCCCUGUUCACAAAGUGCAGAGUUACAGAUUAAGUUCAGCCACAAUUAUAAUGCUAAACCCGUUUGGAAAUCAGUCAAUGUUUUGUCUUUACAGGUGAAUUGAAUCCUUGUCAGUUCCUUUUUAUGUUUGUCUGUGGAUUUCCAAACUGUUCUUUUCUCACCAUGCUGCCUUUACUGGUAUUGGUAUUGGUACAGACUACUGGUUUCUAUUCUUUACCACAAAAGCCACUCUACCUUAACUGCCAACAGUUACACCUGUAAGUGUACUCUCUACAUCUGUGACUAGGUUCAGCAGGCCAACAGUCAGGUGGGAAAAAAAUUUAGAAAAAAUUCUUCUAAUGGUACCAUCAGUAAACAUUAAUAUAAAAAAUGUGUCUCAUUCAUUACAAUGAGUAGGAAACAUGAGACAAAUGUGGGACAAACAUUUUUUUUCUGUCCAAAACUAUAUCUCUGACUGAUACAAGAUACACUAAAUGAGGACCAGUCAAACAAGUUCCAACAAAAUGUGGACCCAAUCACUCAGGUCCCAGAGCUUUCCAGACUAUAUAAUAUUAAAAGUUCAAAUAAGACAUCUGAAACAAAGUGAGAACAGGAACUCAAAAUCUUUUCAGGGAAACAUAAAAAAUAAAUAAAUGUUAGAAAAUUAGUCACUGCAUUUAGCAGUACCAAAAUGAAGGAACAUCCAUCAUUAAAAAUGACAACCAAAGAAUCAGAAGUAAUGACAUAACCAUCAAAAAUAAUGUAACAUAAAACAGGCAAAUCUAUCAACUCGUUAAAAAACAAAAGUACAAUGUUUGGUGAAAAUAAAUCAAACUUAAAACCUUACAAGCACAUAACAACUAGAGCAUAUAAGUCAAGAUUACAGACAGUGAGUGAUCGGCACAUACAAUAGAAUUGAAUAGGGUUGAACCCCACCCGUUUAGACCAUAGCCCAAAUGGUGGGGCCCAGAAUUAAAUGAGGAUCAAGUCAAAAGUUGUCGAAAGUACUGUUUUCUCUUCAAAACGUACAUUUAAAUGAUAAACAAUUAAAAAUAUGAAGAAAAAUUAUUUUGCGGAUUAUUUUACUCUGCACUGAUAUAAAGUUUUUUUUGACAGUGGUGUCAGAAAUAUGAGAAAUAAGGUUGAGUGCUUACUAGGUUAUUUUGGUGUCAGAAAUUGUGUUUUAGUGAAACCUAAAAUAUUAGAAAUAAACAUAUUGUGGACAACAUUAAGCCUUUUAAGUUUAAAAGAAGGUUACGUUCAAACUAAUGUAUUGUACCUCGUAAAAUGGAAUCUCGACAUGAGAUUCCACUUGACCCUUCAUGUUGAACUUAUGUUGUACUUCACAUAAGUCUUGGCUUGCUUCACGAGCUGUCGUGCCCAAUUGUUUUGAUAAUUCCUAUUUUCAUUCUUGCUAAUGAUGUUUCAUUUUUUUCUCUGAUGGUCGUCCAGUGAAUGUUUUUUUACUGUAUAUUUGGCUUUGAAGGCUGUUUCUGUGCUAAUAAGUGUCAAGCUUUUGUCAUGUUGCACAUUGAUAAUAAGCUCUCACAGUCAGUGAGAGAAACAGUAAUUGUGUUUGUGGCCUCAUGUAAUAAACUUUGGUACAUCA